AUGAAAGGCAACCGCCGGAACCACCCGCCACCGCCCCCGUCGGCCAGCGGUGCAGCAGCAGCAGCAGCAGCACCGGCAGUGGCGGCAGCGACAGAAGCGACGACAGCCAACGGCGCCCUGCCGUCACCGACCUCUCCGUCCGCCAAAGGCACUGCCAAGUACACCAACAAGGAUGGCUCCAAGUUUAUCACCGUCCCCAAGAUUGGCAGCCCCGGGUCGCCAACGCCAUCAACCGAUGCCACUGCAACUGCACCGCCGCUGCCAGCCCUCUCUCCGACGCGACCUUCUCCCGAAGCGACUUCGACCGACAUGGCGGCCACGGCGUCGCAGGACGCUGCGGCCGCGCCGACGGCCGGCAACCGCAAAAAGGCCAAGCGAAGGGCCAAGGCGGCGGCACGAAAAGCCGAAGAGGACAGCGCGGCGGCCGCAGGGACAGUGUCCGGCGUGUCGUCCUCACCCCCACAUCCAGCACCGCCAAACGGCACCAACGGCGUGUACACCAUAGACCUGGGCGACAAGCCGACGACCGGCUCGACACCAAAAGCGACACUGGCCCACCACGAAGCCGGUGACAGCGACGACGAGGGCGACGACCACCACUACGGAUCGACGACGGCGGCAACAGACGCGCCGCCGACGUCUGUGCAGGCGGAGGGCACGGCGAGCAAAUCGAAAAAGUCCAAGAAAAAGAAGAAGAAGAAGAAGGACAAUGCGGCGACCGGAGGCGAUGCCCCCGCCAAUCUGCAGCUUCAGCAUCCACACCAGCAACACCACGAUCCGUACCGUGCACCGCCGCCAGCAAAGCAGCAGCAACAGCAGCCGCGGCCGUCGGCAUCGUCCAAGGAAAAGAUUUGGAACACCAACUCGCAAGAGGAGCGCCAGCGGAUCAAGGAGUUCUGGCUGGACCUGAGCGAGGACGAGCGCAAGUCGCUGGUCAAGGUCGAAAAGGACACGGUCCUCAAGAAGAUGAAGGAGCAGCAGAAGAUGACGUGCAGCUGCCACUUUUGCGGCCGUAAGAGGACCGCGAUCGAGGAGGAGCUCGAGGGCCUGUACGACUCGUACUACGAAGAGCUUGAGCAGUUUGCCAACGACCCGGCUGGCCAGCAGCAGCAGCAGCAGCAACGACAGCCACUACAAAAUGGCGGCCGACCGCCGGCGCUGACGGCCAGCGACAGUCGCUCUGGGCACGGCCACUCGAACGGCCGCGACGCCGCCCACCCGCCUGCCCACGCACACAGCCACGCGCACCACCACCAACACCAUCACCCCGGACAUCGUUCCGGCUCGGCCUCGGGUCGUAGUCACAAGCCGUCGCGCGGCCGCAUCGUACGGCACGGUGACGACGAGGGUGUGGACGACGAUGACGUGGACGAGGCGUACGCGGACGAAGAGGAGGACGACGGCGACGAAGAAGGGGACUACGAAGAGGAGGACGACGAGAGCGACGAGGACGACGACCUCGAUGACCCGGACGAGGUAGACGACGACGAGGACGACGAGGACGAAGACGACGAAGAAGACAUCCCGCCCGACGAGAUCCACCGCGACUACGCCAACGACUUUUUCAAUUUCGGCAACUCGCUGCAAGUGCACGGCGGCAUCCUGACCGUCGCCGACGACCUGCUCAAGAACGACGGCCGCAAGUUUAUCGAGAUGAUGGAGCAGCUCGCCGAGCGACGUAUGGCGCGCGAGGAGGAUGCGAAAGAUCAAUACGCGGGCGGCGUCGGCGGCGUCGGCGGCGUCGGCGGCCGCGGUGUCGGUGUCAGUGUCGGCGGUGCGAGCGGCUAUGGCCCGCCUGGCAUAAACGGCGGCGCCUACGGCCACAACCACCACCUUGCUUCCGAGGAAGAGGACUACGGGCCCGAAGACGAGGACGACGAGGACUACGGCAGCGAGGACGAGGAGUACGACGAAGAAGAGGUCAUAUUUGACACCAUGACGGAGGAGCAGCGCAUGGAGGAGGGCCGCCGCAUGUUCCAAAUCUUCGCCGCGCGCAUGUUUGAGCAGCGUGUGUUGACGGCGUACCGCGAAAAGGUGUCGAAAGAACGCCAGCAGCGCCUGUUUGACGAGAUUGACGAGGACAAUGCGCGCCAGCAGAAGCGCGACGAGAAGCGCGCCAAGGACGCGCAGAAGCGCAAAGACAAGGCGGCGCAGAAGAAGAAGGCCCUGGCCGACGAGAAGGCGCGCAAAGAAGCCGAGCGCGAGGCCGAGCUGGCAGCGCGCCGCGCCGAAGAGGCGCGCCGCGACGACGAGCAGAAGCGCAAGGCCGAAGAGAAGCGCAAGAAGCGCGAGGCGCAGCGCAGGGCCGAGGAGGAGGAGCGCCUGCGCAAAGAGGCCGAGCGCCUGCGCCGCAUCAACGAGCAAAAGGACCAGGAGCGCCGGGCGCGCGAGGCCAAGGAGCGCGACAAGAAGCUCAAGGAAGAGGCGCGGCAGCGCGACCGGGAAGACCAGGAGCGGCGCGAGCGCGAGAGCCGCGAGCGCAAGGAGAAGCAGGAGCGCGACAAGCGCGAGAAGGAGGCGCGGGCGCGGGCCAACGAGGCACGCGAGCGGCAGCGCCAGGAAGAACGGGCGGCCCAGAGAGCGGCGCCGUCGGGCUCGGGCUCGGGCCCAGCGCAGACGAGAGCCCCCGUCCCCGUCGUGCCCGUCGCCACCGCCACCGCCACCGCCACGCCGACAGGACCGUCCGUCACACUUCCGAAGCGCCCGUCGUCGGACCAGAGCCAAAGCCAAAAGGCGCCCGUCCCCGUCCCCGUUCCCGUCCCCGUCCCGGCCCUACCGCUUGCCAACCAAGCCGCCCACUCGCCGCAGCCGACGACCGCCACGCCCGUCACGCUACCCCAGAAGGCGCCGACGCCCAUGCGGCCCAAGACAGGACAAGCAGGACAAGCAGGACAAGCAGGACAGGCAGUCGGGAGUGCCGCCGGCAGUGGGAGCAGCAUUGCCGGCUCGAGCUCGCGUGCCGCCUCUCUGUCUGGGUCUGGUGGUGGUGGUGGUGGCCCUGGCAGCCAGAGCCAGAACGCGUCGCCCAACCCCAUGACGCCCGUGCAGUCGAGCGCCCAUGCCGGGUGGUCGGGCGCCGGCCUCUUUGGCCAGCACACGUUGUCGGGUGGUGGCGCGUCCUUCUUCCCGACGUCGCCUCUGUCCGGGAUCGCACGUCCUCUGUCUGUUUCCCAGCAGCAGCCGCAGCAGCAUCACCAACAACAGCACAUGGGUCUGGGACUGGCUGGUGCGCCGGGCUCGCCGACCAUGAUGCCGUUUGGCCUCGGCAGCGGCGGCGGCGGACAGCCGCCCGUCACGCUGCCUCCCGGCUUUGGCAGCCAGCCGGGCCUGCACUACGGCGGCGUUGGCAGCAGCGGCUUCCGCAGCGUCACGGGUCCGCCGGGCAUGCUCCCGAUGCUUUCGUCGUCGUCGUCGGCGUCGUCAUCGGCCGUCAACAGCAUCGGUCGCGCCGGCGGCGGCUUUGGCCCCAUGGUUCCACCGCCGCCGCCGCUUGGGUUUCCUGGACUUGCCAACAACAACAUGGGCACGGAUGGGUCGGUGGUGACGCCGAUUGGUUCGCUGCCGACGGACGGCGGCCACCACACGCACUCGCGGCAGGCAUCCAUUGGCGGUAGCGGCAGCGGUGGCGGCUUUGACACGGGCUCGUCGCCGGGCGGCAGCGGUCUCGCGUCGCUCCCGACUGGCCGGCCCGCGCCCAUUGGCCGGCCCGGCAGCACGGUGCACGGCCAGCGUGCGGGCGCGAUCGGGUCGUCGCCGUCGACAGACAGCGGCGACAAGACGGAUCCGGGCGGCCCCGCUGGCACUCACACCCACACCCACCACCACGACGAAGACCGACUGGGCUCCCGCGCGCUGCUCGACGACUCCGACGUUGGCCUGGAGGGCGGGUUCGCAUCGAUGCGGUCCCACCACCACCUGCCGCUGCAGCAUGCACGGCCGUCGUUUGGUCCAGGCCCGGCCCCCGGUCCUGGUCCUGGUCCUGGUCCUGGUCCCGGUGUCGACCUGACAUCGCCGUUCAUGUCGCCAUCCUCUGUCUGGGCGCCCCUGCCUGGCCAGCCCGGCCAACCAGGCCAACCGCAACACCCUCAACAUGCGCAGCAACAGCAGCAGCAACACCUCCAACACCUCCAGCAGCAGCACCACCACCACCUGGCUAUGGGCGGCAGUGCAUUCCCGCCACCCCAGGGUGCGUUUGGUGGUGGCAUGGGCGCCCCGCCUGGCAUGGUGGCACCACCCGGCAUGGUGGGACCGCCCGGGAUGGUGGGCCCGCCUGGCUGGGGCCUGCCGAUGCCGAUGGCGAUGCCCGCGCCGAGCGCGCUGGGCAGCUCGUUUGGGGCGCUGCCGCACCACGGCGGGAGUUUGGGGCGGUCCACACAGGGCCGGUCCGUGACGUUGCGGCAGCUGCUGUGCCGGGCGUGCAAGGAGCUCGCCGCGGAGGCUGCUGACGCUGACACUGACGCCAAGGACGAGGAGGCCGGCGAAGCGGCCGACGAGGCGGAGGGCGAUGAGAAAGGUGAGGGAGAGAAGCCGACCAAGACGACAAAGGCGACGGACGCGGCCCGCAACGCCACCGACGCCCCCGACACCAACGCCUUCCUCCCCAUGGACCGCGUCAAGGCCCGCGUCGGCGCGCUGGCCACGCACUUCUUGCCGGGGCCGGCCGUCCAGGACAGCGAGCUCGACCUGCUGUACGACACCGAGGGCAACAGCAAGAACGGCGGCGGCAACUUUGAGGUGCAGCGCGGCACGCCCGCCCACCACCGCGGCGGCAGCGGCGGCGCUGCGUCGCCGCUCGCGCUGGCCGACGGCGCCGUCACGGGCAUCCGGUGGGUGCCGGACGCGCAGGGGCUGCUGCAGCGGUUUGGAAGCGGGAGUGCGGCUGGUGGUGGUGGUGGUGGUGGCGACGCGGGCUUUGGCAGUUUCCCGACGGGCAACGGCUUCGGCGGGUUCGGCGGCGGCGGCGGCGGCGGUGGUCUGGGCGGGAUUGGCAGCAUUGGCUGUUUCGGCAGCGGCCACGGCGGCAUCGGCGGCGUCGGUGGCGGGCUGGGUGGCAUCGGCAGCUUUAACGGCGCUGACGCGAACCACGGCACGGCGCCCAUUGGUGCGUCCUCUGCGACCGGGCCUCGCUAG